AUUUGCUUCUUCGUAGGAAAAAAUAAGGUGGGAGAUUGGCUGAUCACCCUGCUCUGAUCCUGUCAAAAUAUUAUAACUGCUUCUCGUGUCCCAGCGUUAAAUUUUUAUUUCUGAGUUGCCGAUGAAACGAGUGCCGAGGAGUCUGAAUAUCGUUGACUGGUCUAGUCACAUAGGGGAACUUCACCAACUCGAGCUGUCCUUUAUCGUUUACGUUUAGGCAGCCAGAUAGUUGCUCGCUAAGUUAGUUGUCAGCUGGAUUGCGUUUUCAUUGACUGCCGAGGCCUCUGCUCAUUUGUAGGCAGAGGCAGCAACAUCUUUGAGUGUGUAUGUUUUCUAACUUACUGCGUGUUGUUUCCCGGCAACACCUUUGCACAGAUAGUCGCCAGUGUAUCUCCAGAAGCAAGCCCAGCCUCGAUCGAAAGAGGAAUCCAGCUCUACGUGUUCGAUUGCUGGGGCGUUUAUAUGAGCGUUAUAGCUAAAUGGCGUCUGACACUAGUGACACAGAAGAAUUUUACGAUGCGGCCGAAGAUGUCAGUCUGAGCCCUUCUCCAAAAGUGUCACCUGAAAAAUUUGCCUUACUUGAAAAAAAGGAACUGCUCCUUUUCAAGUCCAGUUCGACUUCCUCUAUGUUCAAAAGUGGCUUUCACUGCCUAUUUGAAGAGACUGGUGACCUCGCAGUACGUGAUGCAGCGCAGCCUGAGGACUCCAUCCAGAUUAUCGAUAGCAUCAUCGAGGAGAGCCAGAAGAAGAGCACUGCUGCAGAUGAUUCGCUGCUGACAGACAACAGAGAAGCUUGUGAAGGGGGUGGGCCCCAGGGGGCGGGGCCAGGAGGGGGCGGAGCCAUUGACGAGGACACGGGUCAGCAGGAGACUGAUGCAGGGCCUACGUCCAUAGGACCGCAAGUUGUGGUUGAGAUAUCAGAAGUUCCUGUCGAGGUCCAUGAUGGAGAGGAGGAUGCUGGGACAACAGCCCCCACCGAUAUGGCCCUUGAUGCGCCUGGUUCGUCAGUCGAGGCAACCCGGGCCGCCACACCUCCAGAUGUCACCAGUGUCCUGGUUCCAGAAGAACCACGCCCUCCACAGCUCGAUCCGACCACAGACACGGGCCGCCCUCCCAGCACAGCGGACAUUCUGCAGCAGGUAUCUGACAACACCAAGCUGGCCGACCAGGAUCCCCUCGCCCCCAGCAAGCCCCCCCGGCAGUUCAUCGUGGAGCCGGACAUCGUGGCCAGCACCAAGAAACCGCCGCCCGUACGACCCCCCCCCCCGGCGGGGCCCCCCCCUCCACGUCCUCCUCCUCCAUCCCGCCCUGCUCCCCCCCCUCGCAAAAAAACUCAGGAUACGCUGCGGCCAUCAGCACUGGAAGUGACCUCAGAACAGCCUGCGUCCUUUGGCCUGGUGUCGCCCAACACUGCCGUGGACUUCAUCACCAAGGACCUGCAGCACUCCCUGGACCUAGCCAGUGCCACCAGCGGGGACAAGGUGGUCACUGCCCAGGAGAGCGGCAGUGCGGCGGACGGACAGAGUUCAGCACCCAGCGAGGGCCAGGCACCAGGACCCCAGCGGCCGCGCUCCAACUCUGGCCGUGAGAUGACCGACGAGGAGAUCCUAGCCAGCGUGAUGAUCAAGAAUCUGGACACGGGGGAGGAGAUCCCACUCAGCCUGGCCGAGGAGAAGCUGCCCACGGGAAUAAACCCGCUGACACUGCAUAUUAUGAGGAGGACCAAAGAAUAUGUCACGAAUGACUCGGCUCAGUCUGAUGAUGAAGACAAAUCCCACACCCAGCUGAGCGACACCGACGGAGGAAAGCUCAAGCAGAGGACCACACAGCUGAAGAAGUUUUUGGGCAAGUCCGUGAAGAGGGCCAAACAUCUAGCAGAGGAAUAUGGAGAGAAGGCUGUCAAUAAGGUCAAGAGUGUUCGUGAUGAAGUGUUCCACACGGACCAGGAUGACCCGUCCUCCAGUGACGACGAGGGAAUGCCAUACAACCGGCCGGUCAAGUUCAAGGCUGCCCACAGCUUCAAAGGACCUUUUGACUUUGAUCAGAUAAAGGUGGUCCAGGACCUGAGUGGAGAACACAUGGGCGCCGUGUGGACGAUGAAGUUCUCUCAUUGUGGCCGACUGCUGGCCACUGCUGGCCAAGACAACGUGGUCCGCAUCUGGGUUCUGAAAAACGCCUUUGACUAUUUCAACAACAUGAGGAUCAAGUACAACACGGAAGGCCGUGUUUCUCCGUCCCCCUCCCAGGAGAGCUUGAACUCCUCGAAAUCUGACACAGAUGGUGGGUUCCCCAGUACCCAUGAGGAUCCAGACACGGAGGACAGAAAUGUCCCUUUUCGCCAAGUUCCCUUCUGUAAGUACAAGGGUCACACAGCCGAUCUCCUGGACCUGUCCUGGUCGAAGAACUACUUCCUGUUAUCCUCCUCAAUGGACAAGACAGUCAGGCUGUGGCACAUAUCAAGGAGAGAGUGUCUCUGCUGCUUCCAGCACAUUGACUUUGUGACAGCAAUCGCCUUCCACCCUAGAGACGACCGUUACUUCCUAAGCGGUUCAUUGGACGGCAAGCUGCGGCUCUGGAAUAUCCCAGACAAGAAAGUUGCACUGUGGAAUGAGGUGGAUGGGCAGACACGCCUCAUCACCGCUGCCAACUUCUGUCAGAACGGGAAGUACGCCGUCAUCGGCACCUACGACGGACGCUGCAUCUUCUACGACACUGAGCAUCUAAAGUACCACACCCAGAUCCAUGUGCGAUCCACAAGGGGGAGGAAUCGCGUGGGCCGCAAGAUCACUGGCAUUGAGCCUCUGCCUGGGGAGAACAAGAUCUUGGUGACCUCCAACGACUCUCGGAUUCGGUUGUAUGACCUCAGAGACCUUUCCCUGUCGAUGAAGUACAAAGGAUACAUGAACCACAGCAGUCAGAUUAAGGCUAGUUUCAGUCACGAUUAUUCAUUCAUCGUAAGCGGUUCAGAGGAUAAGUACGUCUAUAUCUGGAGCACGUACCACGACCUGAGCAAAUUCAGCUCUGUCCGGCGAGACCGCAACGACUUCUGGGAAGGGAUUAAGGCCCACAACGCCGUUGUCACAUCUGCCAUCUUCGCCCCCAAUCCCAGCCUCAUCGUGUCUCCGGAAGCCGGAACUCCUGAUAAGCCAGACACUGAGGACAGGAGUGGUGAUCCUAUGGACACAGAAGCCAUCCCUUCAGGAGCUCUGAAGACGGACCACAGUGAAGUCCUCCUUUCAGCCGAUUUCACUGGUGCCAUCAAGGUUUUUGUUAAUGUGAAGAAAUACUAAGCACAUUUAGGCCCCCCCCCCGCCUAAAAAAAAAGGUUGGUCCCUGUGGAGGAUUUUGGGAGUGUUAGUUCCCUAGUCAGUGCUGUCAUACAUAGGUUGCUAAUAUGUAUUUUCUGGUUCUUUGGCUGAUUUUGGGGGUGGAGGAUGGAGGAGGCGGAAAUUAACACAAAGCAUAAGAGCCAUAUUUGUUCUCUUAAUGACUGCUUCUAACAGAUGUGGGGUGCAAAUGUAAAGAUGCGCUGUCGGAGCAGUGUGGGGUUAAAGUGCCCAUCUUUGUCUGCCUUCUGCUGUCCCAUUGUGUCUCACGUCAUGCUAGUGCCACCUCAGAUGUGCUGCAGAUGGUCUUUCAAGAACGGGGGGGCUUUUUUUGUUUUGUUUUUUUUUACACAAAGGAUAAUUGUUUUUAGUAUUACCAUUCAGUAAUUGUUUUGUCAUUUAUUUUGAGCUUUGAUAAAUCUAAGUGAAAUGUAAAUACCUUCCAGUAAAAAAAAAAAAAGCAAAAAAAAAAAUACAAAAACCAAUGAAGUAACAAUCGUAGGGAACGGCGCCUAAGAUUUGUUAUUGAUGGUUUACUGUUUCCUUUAGAGGAAGUGUUUAAAAAAUACAAUAAAACACCCCCCAAAGCGCUCUUUGCUCUGCUGCUUGGACAGGUGACAAGGCAGUUAUUGAACUAGCACAUAAAACUCCCCAAAACACUGUAGGUUCUCUCAGUCCCAGUAGCAAAGUUUUGUACUUCAAUAAAGGUUGUGGCAAACUUGG